AUGAGGCAAAGCAUGGGUCAGGGGUCGCCAAUGUCCCACAAGUUUAUCGUGGGCACCAUCGCAGUACUUGUUGGAGUCUAUGCCGCGCACAAAGUUGGCUCUGAUUUCCAGUUUGUCAAAUACGAACCACACUCUCCCGAGGAAGUCGAGCGCAGGCAAAGGGAGAAAGUCCCAGUCAAGAUGACUGUUCUGGACUCUGCAACUUUAGAGCUAACUCCGGAGGCAAAGUCGAGGAUACAAAAGAAGAUGCAACAGGAGCAGCGAGGCCAGAAUGAGCGAGAUUGA